AGAAGCCCCUGCGCAGGGAGGGGGCGGGGCGAGGCUGGGGCUGGGGUGCCGCCUCCUCUGCAACGCCGGGGCCGGAGUCUUAAAACCGAGGGCCCGCUGGGGUCCCCGCGGCCGCCGCGAUGCAGAAAUACGAGAAACUGGAGAAGAUUGGGGAAGGUACCUAUGGAACAGUAUUCAAGGCCAAAAACCGGGAGACUCAUGAGAUCGUGGCUCUGAAACGAGUGAGGCUGGAUGACGACGAUGAGGGUGUGCCGAGUUCUGCCCUCCGGGAGAUCUGCCUACUCAAGGAGCUGAAGCACAAGAACAUCGUCAGGCUUCAUGAUGUCCUGCACAGUGACAAGAAGCUGACUUUGGUCUUUGAGUUCUGUGACCAGGACCUGAAAAAGUAUUUUGACAGUUGCAAUGGUGACCUGGAUCCUGAGAUUGUGAAGUCAUUCCUCUUCCAGCUGCUAAAAGGCCUGGGAUUCUGUCACAGCCGCAACGUGCUGCACAGGGACCUGAAGCCCCAGAAUCUGCUAAUAAACAGGAAUGGGGAGCUGAAAUUAGCAGAUUUUGGCCUGGCUCGAGCCUUUGGGAUCCCUGUUCGCUGUUACUCAGCUGAGGUGGUCACGCUGUGGUACCGCCCACCGGAUGUCCUCUUUGGGGCCAAGCUGUACUCCACGUCCAUCGACAUGUGGUCAGCCGGCUGCAUCUUUGCAGAGCUGGCCAAUGCUGGGCGGCCUCUUUUCCCUGGCAAUGAUGUCGAUGACCAAUUGAAGAGGAUCUUCCGGUUGCUGGGGACGCCAACCGAGGAGCAGUGGCCCUCCAUGACCAAGCUGCCAGACUAUAAGCCCUACCCGAUGUACCCGGCCACAACAUCCCUGGUGAAUGUCGUGCCCAAGCUCAAUGCCACAGGGAGGGACUUGCUCCAGAACCUUCUGAAGUGUAACCCUGUCCAGCGCAUCUCAGCAGAAGAAGCCCUGCAACACCCUUACUUCUCUGACUUCUGUCCCCCUUAGGCUCCAGGAUCCCUGGCUGCCAGGCUGGGGCCUGGCCUAUUUAAGCCCCCUCCCGGGAGGGGUGGGACAGUGGGGAUGCCCAGUGUGCUGAGCCCCAGCUGUGCUGGGCUCAGCCUGGGUGGGGUGCCCAAGCCCAUGUUCCUCACUCCCUCCAUGAACUUUAUUUAAUUUCAUAAAUUGGCUCCUUUCCCAAGGUC